ACACACCACCGAGGUCGGUAGUGUGUGUUACACUACCCAAUCCGAGUCCGUUUUCUUGCAUGACACGAAAAUGACAUAAAAGACAGACAUCGAAGUCGAUCCGAGCAGGAGAGCUCGCGUUCCAAAAGAAGAAGCACCGAAGAAAAAAAGAAAGUUUUAAGUUUUAGACAUGGCUAAAGCAUCGAUAGAUGUUCCUCCCAAGGGCGGAUUCAAUUUUGAUCUAUGUCGCAGAAAUGAUAUGCUUUUGAAGAAAGGUGUUCAGCCUCCAUCUUUCCGAAAGACUGGAACGACUAUUGUUGGUUUAGUUUUUCAGGAUGGUGUCAUCCUUGGAGCUGAUACAAGGGCUACUGCGGGACCUAUAGUGUGCGAUAAGAACUGUGAGAAAAUUCAUUAUAUAGCGCCAAACAUUUAUUGUUGUGGAGCAGGAACUGCUGCUGAUACAGAGGCAGUAACUGAUAUGGUGAGCUCGCAGCUGCAACUCCACCGUUAUGCAACGGGCCGUGAAUCAAGGGUAGUUACUGCUCUUACUGUUCUAAAGUCUCACCUUUUCAGUUACCAAGGUUAUGUCAGUGCGGCUUUGGUACUUGGUGGUGUUGAUGUUACUGGACCACACUUGCAUACGAUCUACCCUCACGGUUCAACUGACACUCUGCCUUUUGCAACCAUGGGUUCCGGUUCUCUUGCUGCAAUGGCCAUGUUCGAGUCAAAAUACAGGGAGGGCUUGACUAGAGAUGAAGGAAUAAAACUUGUAUGUGAGGCGAUAUGCUCUGGCAUUUUUAAUGACUUGGGAAGUGGAAGCAACGUCGAUGUCUGUGUAAUAACGAAGGGCCACAAAGAGUACUUGAGGAACCACCAGUUGCCAAAUCCUCGCACCUAUGUCAGUUCCAAGGGCUAUUCCUUUGCCAAGGGGCAAACCGAGGUCCUGACGACAAAGAUUACCCCAUUGAAGGAGAAAGUGGAAGCUGUUGAAGGAGACACGAUGGAGGAGUGAGAUGCCUUCAAGAGAAGAGAAAUGGUAGGCAAUCAAUCAGAUGUGAGAGGAAUUACAAAAUCUUUACUUUUCAUGUCUUGUUCUUUCUAUCUUCCCUUACAAAGCAUGGGAAAAGGACAUAUUGUAUUGGAUUGGAAUCUUGGGUCGUAAUCAAUCUCUUCAUUAGCUGCCAAGUAGUUUUACAUGUGCCAAUUGUAGCUUACAUCAGCAAUAUGAAGUUCUCAUGAUAAUUGAAGUCUUUUUUCAGACGAUUGCCA